GAGCUCUCGUCUUUAUAUAACGCGAGCUUCCGCCAGUAGGAGGCUCACACUUGCAGCUGCUGCCGCGGUAGGUGCUUUGGCCUAGCUGCUCGGGGUCACCAAUGGCGUCCAAGGCGUCGCUCUUCCUUGCCCUGAACCUCAUGCUCUUCGUGGUCACCAACGCCUGCCCUUACUGCGGCUCGGGCAACAAUGGCGGCCACGGUGGCAGCGGGAGCCACGGCGGGAGCGGGGGUAGCGGGAGCCACGGCGGCAGCGGGAGUCAUGCUGGCGGAGGAGGCUACGGGCCGGGUAGCGGCAGUAGCGGCGGCAGCUGGGGAGGCAACAAUGGCGGUGGCGGCGGCGGCGGUAGCGGUGGCAACGGCGGUGGGUACGGCCCCAUUGGCGGCGGUGGCAGCGGCGGCGGGAUAGGCCCUAUUGGUGGAGGAGGCGGUGGGAUCGGACCCAUCGGAGGAAGCAGCGGCGGCGGCAUCGGACCCAUCGGCGGCGGAGGCGGCGGUGGCAACGACGGCACGAGCGGGUGGUACGGGCACUGCCCGACGAACGCGCUGAAGCUGGGCGUGUGCGCCAAUGUCCUGGACCUGAUCAAGGCGAAGGCCGGCGUCCCCGUUGACGAGAAGUGCUGCCCGCUGCUCAACGGGCUGGUGGAGCUGGACGCCGCCGUGUGCCUGUGCACGGCCAUCAAGGCCAACGUGCUGGGGCUCAACCUCAACAUCCCCGUCAACCUCAGCCUCGUCCUCAACUUCUGCGGCAAGGGCAUCCCCUCGGGCUUCAAGUGCACCUAAUCACGCAUGCUCAGCACGUGACAAAUUUGCGCCCGUGCCAACCUAGUACCUGCAUGAUGGGGCGAUAUUGGUAAUAAGCAAGCUUGUCAUCGUUUAGUUGCCAUUGCAUUAUUGUUAGUUUAAUUUCGUUUCAGCUAGAGACUGAGUUAAUCAAGUCGUCGGUGUAGCAUGUUGCUGCCUUUGCGUUUAAGAGGGGUACGUGGUGUCCAGGUUCAAGUUCUUGGGUACUUGUACUUCUCCAUUUUUGAAUUCACAUUCAGAUUUAAUUUAUAAAAAUGGUGGACGGCUCCUCUCCUUUGUC